CUGUAAUCAAAACAAUGAAGCUGAUAAGUAGCUUCUUCACUAAAAAUUAACAAUUUUACCGAGAAUUCCUUAUAAAAAGCCCCAAAAAAGUCAUGGAGACUCAAUUAGAGAAGCUCCAAAGCUUCCAACCAGUGUCACAAAAGACGCCCGAGGAAAUUCCCUCGAUAAUCGCUGCCGUACUUGAAAUCAUCUCCUCAGUGCCUUUGACGGAUUUAACAGCCGACAAUGAGAAAUUUCCCGCACAAUCUGGUCUCGUACUCGAAGCCUUUAAAAUCCUAAAAGGAGUUUGUCCCAAAGGAAAGCAUUUUCAGCAAUCGUUGCUCGAAAGCAAGGAACUUUUGUCGGUAAUUCAGCACAUUUUGAGCUUGGAGCUGAGUCAGGAGUUGCACUUGUUGCGUCUCUCGACGGUUCAGUUGCUCUUCAAUAUGAGCGUGGGCGACAAUACGUACAAAAUUUUCAACAAAUUCCGAGAGACUUUCGUCGAAGGUCUCAAUCCCGAUGUCGCUUCGCGAGUUUCGGAGACAGAUCACGCCAAAUAUUGCAACACGGUUGCCUUGAUGUUGUUCAAUAUCGUCAGCAGGGCGGAUUAUGCCGAAGAAUUGCUCGAAUCUGGAGAGCUUUUGAGGAUUUUGGAGUACAGUUUGCGUCACACGUUGAACGACGAAAUGUUGCCGGACAACGUUCAGCUGCUUCUGAAUACUUUUGCGACAGCACUUCCGGAAACGGCGACGAUUUACGAGCAACUUUCGGACGAACUGCGACUUCAGUUCUUGUACUACAUUCACGACACGAUGAAAGAGGAGGAAAUUUGCGAGGAACUCUUGAAUAAAUUGAUUCUGAGAUUCAAACAAACGUCGGACAGCAUCUUGAAACCCGAUGGCACGGGAGCUGACAAAAGCAGACCCAAGGAGGUUUAUUGCUUGUUGGAGAUAAUUUCCGUCGCGAGUCAGUCGGAAAAUGAGAUGAAGGAGACUGUGUCGCUUGAUGGCUCGCUUUUUCUUAAUAUUGGAUGCCUUUUGAUGUCAAUUCAGAAGUUGGGGAAGGAUCCAAAUAGCAUUUUUGCUCCGGUUCAGAAGUUAGAAGCUCUUGCUCCAAAUUCAACGGCUCCAAAUACGAUUGAGUCGGAAAUUUCGUACAAAUUCAAGUCUUUGCUGGUUCAAACGAUCGCAAAUCUCUUGUAUAAAAAUAAGAAAAAUCAAGAACUUGUGCGAGAAAUGGAUAUUUUGAUUGCCGUUUUGGAUUGCACCAAUAUUGAUGCUCGAAAUCCUUUACUAAAGGAAUACAGCAUCUGGGCAAUCCGCAAUGCAUGCGAAAAUAAUCCGGAAAAUCAACAAUUUAUCGCUUCAUUGACGAAAAUUGGCAAAGUCAAGUCGGAAAUUGUGAGCGAGAUCUCAGAAGGCGUACUCCGGAUACAAAAAUAAAUUUUUAAAAAAUUAACAUAUUUGCUAAUUUAUUAAUUCUAAAUUUAAUAAAAAGUCUUAUUUUUGGUACGUUUAUCA